AUGAAAUAUUUAUCAACUGGUCUUUCUUUUCGGAACCUGGCUUUUUCAAUGCGAAUGGGUGCAUUUACUAUAGCUAAAAUUGUUCACGAGACCUGUCAAGUUAUUUGGGAAGAACUUGUAAAUGGAUUUAUGCCAGUUCCUACAAAAGAACACUGGGAAAAAGUUAGUGUAGAAUACAAUGACAAAUGGGGCUUUCCAAAUUGCAUAGGCUCUAUAGAUGGGAAACAUUGUCAGAUUAAAUGUCCCAAACAAUCAGGAUCAAGUCACUUCAACUACUUAAAAUAUUUUUCCCUAGUUUUACAAGGAGUUGCCGAUGCAGAUAAAAAAUUCGUGAUAGUUGAUGUUGGUGCCAGGGAAAAAAAUUUACCAGGAACAAACAUUAAAGUACCCCAUGUUUUGAUCGGAGACGAAGCUUAUCCAUUAAAGCCGUACUUAAUGCGUCCAUUUCCAUCUCGAGUACUAAAUCCAGCACGGGAAUAUUUUAAUGAAAGAUUAUCAAGAGCACGCAAGUGCAUUGAAUGCGCUUUUGGAACUCUACGGGCAAAAUGGGGAUUACUAAGGAAAGAUAUAGAAGUGAGCCCCAAAAAAGCAGUAGUAAUAAUCAAAUGCAUGUGUUUAUUGCAUAAUAUUAUCAGAGAGAAAGACGGCAAUAGUGAUGUAGAUUACUGCAAUGUUAUGAUAGACCUACAAAACAAUUGGGAAAAUGAAGGAAUAAAUUCAGUUUAG